GUGUGUGUGUGUGUGUAUUUUUGUUAAACGCAGAAACAUUCAUAUCAUUAAGUGAAACAAUUCCUUACGUCAAACAGCACUGCCCAAUAAAUUUGAAUAAUCUAAGUAAGCAUGAAGAAACUUUUUUUAUGUACUUAGCGUCGCGACGCUACCGUGACGCUCGAUUAUAUAAUUAUUUAGACAUAUAAUUCUACAUAACAUGUAAAAAUAUCUUUCUUUGAUUUACAUUUCUGCCGAGCUUUCGGCAGCGUGGGGGUGUCGACGAAAUAGUAUGUAUCCCUUUACUUUCUCUUGUCAUUUAUAAAGUUUGACUCGUAUCUGUUGCUCGUUCAGUUGCUCUCGUCAACACGUGUCGAAGCACCUAGAAAUUAUCGUUGUUAAGAUUUACUCGUGAUUUCAAGUAAUUUUCGCAUUUUUGUUGCCUUGUGAGAUUGAAUUAAACAAAACGUAUGAGAUUCGAUCUGCCUCAUUGUUCAAAGACGGAAAUCAAUAAAAUUUUGAAACAUGCAAGAUCACAAUAAUUUCUGGAUUGUAGUUCUCCUCAUUGCAGUGCUUUUGCAAGACAGUUCGCUAGCAAUUGUAAAUACCGAAGAUGCCACAACGCGCCCGAAAAAACAGACUGUUUCAUCGCAUAUUGAAGAACAAGAAAAGAAACUUCCAGAUUUAGAAACAUCGGAGGCUACAUAUUACAACUCGUUUACAAUUCAAAAUCAUCUCUCUAGUUCCUAUCGUCCAUCUGUUUAUCAUUCUUCAACUCCAACAUUUAUGUACUAUCCAUCCUCGCCAGACGUCCAAAAUUCCAUUUACCCUUUUGCUUCUGGUCCAAAUACGAGCUUCGGUAUUCAUGAACAAAUUAAGUGUGGCGACACUUUUUCCCAAGUCUGUCAAGAUUCCCGAUAUCGAAGUUACGACGGUUCCUGCAAUAAUCUUCAAAAUCCCACGUGGGGCCUGGCCAAUACAAGAUAUGGAAGGCUCAUUCGUCCUCGUUACAGCGAUGGAAUUCGAGCACCAUCGGGAUCAGUCUUCGGGACAAAUCUUCCGUUAGCUCGGGCCGUCAGUUACACGAUGUUUCCAAACAAUGAUGUCGAUGAUGCAAUAUGGACCCUAUUAGCAAUGCAAUAUGGACAGGUUAUGACGCAUGAUAUGGGUUUGAUCGAUGGCACAACUCAAUCAAAAUCGCACAGCACACGAUGUUGCACGUUUGACGGUCAGAUAGCAUCAGACUUUGCGACGAAUCCCCGAUGCUUCCCAAUAUUGAUACCUGCGAACGAUCCGGUGUAUAGCGGAUCUUCCAUUCAUUGCCUGAAUUUCGUUCGUAGUACAACUGACCUUGAUCGUGGUUGUUCGUCUCCGCAUAAAUCAUACACAGCAGAACAGCUGAAUACUGUCACUCAUUAUUUGGACCUUUCGCUCGUUUACGGAUCGAGCAAUGAAGUUGCUGCCAGUCUACGAGCCAAUUUCGGCGGUCGUUUGAAUGUGGAAUUAAAACAUAACAAGGAAUAUCCACCAUCGGCUCCUAAUAGAACUACUAUGUGCGACACAGUAUAUGAAUUCGAACCAUGCUACGCUACUGGUGAUACGCGAGCCAAUCAAAAUCCACAGUUGACGAUUUUACAUAUCGUGCUCCUCAGAGAACACAAUCGCAUUGCUGAUUAUUUGACACAUUUGAAUCCUCAUUGGAACGAUGAAACAACAUUCCAAGAAACACGCCGAAUUGUGAUCGCUGAGCAUCAAAACAUCGCAUAUUAUGAAUGGCUGCCAAUCUUCUUAGGUAUGCAACAAGUUUAUGAAAACAAAAUCAUUUAUAAUACUCAGGAUUACGUGGACGAUUACGACGAAACAGUCAACGGUAUCGUGCUGAACGAACACUCGAAUGCAGCGAUUAGAUAUUUCCAUUCAAAUAUUGCCGGAUUAAUUAACUUAGUGUUGGAAGAUCGAUCCCCCUUCGCUGCUCUGAGAUUGAGCGAUCACUUUAACCGACCUGGUAUCAUAGAGAAGGGUAACAAUCUCGACGAUUUAACGAGAGGUUUUACGUAUCAGCCGCAAAAAAAUACCGAUGUAUAUUUCGAUAAAGAGAUCACACAAUACUUGUUCAGGAGAGGAAGGAUUCUCGGAUCUGACUUGCGAGCGAUAGACAUUCAAAGAGAUCGCGAUCACGGGCUCGCUUCAUACAAUGAUUAUCGCGAAUAUUGCGGACUGCCACGAGCGAAGACUUUCUAUGAUUUUGCCGAUUAUAUAUCUCUUUCGGAUAUACAAAAACUCUCCACGUUAUACGUUAGUCCGGAUGACGUCGACUUGACCGUCGGUGGAUCCUUGGAAAGCCAUGUUAAUGGAGCACUGGCUGGACCAACAUUUCUAUGCAUCAUGUUGAAACAAUUUCAACAAACGCGAAUCGGCGACCGUUAUUGGUUUGAAGCAGGAGACCCGAAAAUAGCAUUUACUAUAGAACAACUGAACGAAUUACGAAAGUCAAGUGUAUCGCGAUUACUCUGCGAUAAUGGGGACAACAUUCAACACAUGCAAAGAUCAGGAUUUGAACAAAUCUCCGAAUCGAAUCCACUCAGAAAAUGUAACGAGCUCCCACAGGUAGAUCUUUCUCUCUGGAAGGAUUACGGCUCUCCAGAGGAUCAUAGCCAUACAUAUCAUAUUACACCUUUAUAUAAAAAAAGAUGAACAAGCAGAUGUACCACUCUUCUUGAGCUAAACUGAUUGACUUUUGUAAAUUUUAUAAUUUCGGUAUCCGAGUAUAUAAUUAAUAAAUCUUCUUAAUUUUCUUUAUUUUUUUUUAUAGUUUCAACAAUUAGGCUACGUUGAAAUAACCCUUCAAUUAAAAAUAAUUAGAUAAUUAAUAAAAAAUUUUAAACAAAGCGCUAUAAACAUUCUCAAGUUAUUAUCAAAAAAGUAAUAUUAUAGAAACGGGAAUCUGGGCGAUUGGAAUUGUGCCAAUUAUUAAACAAUACAUUGUAUCAAUCACUAAAAAUAAAUACAAUUUAAUGUAAUUACAUGUUUAAUGUAUUAGUUUUAAUUGGUACUAACUUUUAAUAUACGUAAUAUUGAAAGACAUAGAUUUACAUUAAACGUAUUACAAAACGUGUACGAUUAAUAAACGUUAAGGUUUUAUU